AUGCCUUCCAAAAGAAAGCGCUCCAGAGGACAGGAAGAGGAAAACUCCGAGAAUGAAUCACAGAAGCGUUUCGCCUAUCUAAAGCCCAGCGUGCGCCGUAUCCCUGAGAACACUAUCAAGACCAAAUGGUCCACACUCCCAGAGUCUGUACAGGAAAGGAUUCAGGACUUGUUUUUGUCUCUCGAGCGCCCCGUGAUUGUAAGACAGCAAAAUGAGCGGAAGCGCAUCGAGGCUCAGAGCGCAGUGCGGGCUGUGGUAAAAAAUCUCUCGAAACGUCUCCCUCGAAUGCCAUUUCCCCCAAUAACAAAAGAUUCGAACUUCGACUACGAGUCUGCCAUUGAUGAACAUCGCUCACUGGAAGCGAGCCUGGCAACUAUUCAAGAUAGUGCCGAUCUGCUUCGCGCAGAAAUUUCCAAAGAAGAGUCACUCCUCGCGCGAGAGAAGCAAUCACUUCAGGAGAUGGAAAGAAAUGCCAAGAGUGCCGAGGCUGAGCGGAAGCGAUCAAUGAAAAAGGAACAUUCUGUCCUGCGCCAGCUCGAUGAUUUGCCGGAGUCCUCGUUUGAGGACGGUGACCAAUUUGCGCCGUUCAAUCCUACAAAGACACCCGUCACUCUGGAUCAGCUCGAUGAGGAUCCUGAUAUUCGGAAGCUAGUGCUCCAGCUUCAUGGCCAUCUUCAGUCCAUGCAGGCUAAUACAGCAAGUCUGGCUGGACUUAGCGAUGCAAUCACGCGAUCUCAAACUGCAUUAUAUCUUUUGUCAAACCCGAAUGAUUGA